GGCAAUUCUGCUACUCGUACGGAGUACAUUUCUUGGUGAGACAGCUUCAAUUCGCAGCUAAGUUAGCGCACGAGACCUUUGUGAUCCCUUACAUUCCUUCCCGUUGCUCGGAGUCUGACGCCGUCUUUCUUUUCGAUAGAUGAAGCCACCUAUACGUUCACUUUGGCGGGUUUCUCAUCUUCAGAUUCCUCGAACAUCUGUCAUUCGGCCAGACUGCAGACGGUCCAUUCAAACUCUAUCGACGUCAGCGGGUAGUCGUUCAAUUACUGCCUCGUUCCUUUACUCAAGGCUCUCCCGCACCUCCUCGACUGCAGCAUUUAAGCGCCCGACUUUGAGUCUUGUACAACCAAGGAUUCCCAAGAUGUGCCGGUUCAUGUCUGAUAAUCCCGGUGCUGCCAAUACUCAAGGCCGAAUCGUACUUCCCACGGAUGUCGUCCCCAAACACUACGAUGUCACCCUUGAAGUCGACUUUGACAAGUUCACCUUCGAAGGAACAGCCAUAAUAGACCUCGAUGUGGCGAAAGACACCAACUCGAUCUCCUUGAACACAGUGGAACUCGAGAUCCACUCCACGUCCGUUCACGCAGAUGGCGCCCUUGUCACUUCCUCCCCAACUCUGUCCUACGAUGCCGAUACGCAAACGACGACCAUUGAGCUGGGCAAGUCAUUGAGCAAGGGGCAGAAGGUCCAAUUGAAGCAUACAUACACUGGACAGUUGAAUGACAAGAUGGCCGGGUUCUACAGGUCGAAGAGAAGAGACGGGAAGUAUCUCGCUGUCACUCAGUUUGAGGCUACAGAUGCUCGACGGGCCUUGCCAUGCUUUGACGAGCCGGCACUAAAGGCCGAAUUCACCGUCACCUUGAUUGCUGACGAGGAUAAGACUUGCCUGUCAAAUAUGGAUGUCGCUAAGACUGAGACUGUGGACUCCAAGAUCACUGGUGGGAAGAGGAAGGCUGUCAAGUUCAACCGUUCCCCACGGAUGUCCACGUAUCUUUUGGCUUUCAUUAUUGCAGAGCUCAAGUCGAUAUCGACCGACAAAUUCAGACUACCUAUCAAAGUAUGGAUGACCCCAGAACAGAACGAGGAGGAUGGGAAAUUCGCACUCGACGUAGCCGCCAAAACACUUGCAUUCUACGAAAAGGCAUUUCAAGCGCCAUACCCUCUGCCAAAGAUGGACAUGGUGGCGAUCCCCGACUUUGCUGCAGGUGCGAUGGAAAACUGGGGUUUGGUCACAUAUCGAGUUGUCGAUCUCCUGUUCGAUCAGAAAUCCGCUGGUGCAGCCACCAAGGAACGAGUGGCGGAGGUCGUUCAACACGAAUUGGCUCAUCAAUGGUUCGGCAAUCUCGUCACCAUGGAUUUCUGGGAUGGUCUGUGGCUCAACGAGGGCUUUGCCACUUGGAUGAGCUGGUAUAGUUGCAAUGAAUUCUACCCAGAAUGGAAAGUCUGGGAGACCUUUGUGAUUGACACCUUGCAAGGGGCACUCGGUCUCGAUGGACUGCGCAGCUCUCACCCUAUCGAGGUCCCUGUACACCGAGCGGAAGACAUCAACCAGAUCUUCGAUGCCAUCUCCUAUUCCAAAGGUUCUUCUGUGUUGCGAAUGAUUUCCAAGUAUCUUGGUGAAGAGACCUUCAUUGAGGGAAUCAGGAAAUAUAUCAAGAAGCACGCUUGGGGAAACACCCAAACAGGCGACUUGUGGGCUGCGCUCGGUGACGCAAGUGGCAAGGAUGUUGCACAUGUCAUGGACAUCUGGACUAAGAAUAUUGGCUACCCUGUUGUCGCAGUGACUGAGAACGAAAAGGAUUCCAGUAUCACCGUCAAGCAGAACCGCUUCUUGAGGACUGGCGACGUCAAGUCGGAGGAGGAUAAAGUCCUGUAUCCGGUGAUGCUCAGCCUCAGGACGAAAGACGGUGUGGAUGAAAGCCUGCUGCUUACAGAGCGUGAGCAAACAUUCAAGCUGAAAGACGGCUUGGACUUUUACAAGUUGAACGCCGAUCAUUCUGCAUUCUACAGGACCAGCUACACCCCGGAACGACUGACGAAGCUGGGCGAGGCUGCUCAAAAGGGUCUUUUGUCGGUUGAAGACCGUGCCGGUAUGAUUGCCGAUGCCGGUGCUCUGGCGGCAAGUGGCUACGGCAAGACGUCGGGUAUUUUGAGCCUGCUACAAUCUUUCAGUACCGAAACACAAUUUGUAGUCUGGAACGAGAUUUUGACGCGUAUCAACGCCGUACGGAACACCUGGAUCUUCGAAGACGAGUCGACCAAGGAUGCUCUCAAGGCUUUCCAACUGAACCUGUGCUCUGCCAAAGCACAUGAACUCGGCUGGGAGUUUUCAGAGGACGAAGACCACAUUAUGAGCCAAUUCAAGAGCUUGAUGUUUGGCUCUGCUGGACUUGCUGGAGACAAGAAAAUCCAAUCCGCAGCAAAAGAGAUGUUCAGCAAAUUCACGGCCGGGGACUAUGCCGCCAUACAUCCCAACUUGCGAGCGUCCGUCUUUGCCAUGGUGUUGCGUGACGGUGGAGAGAAAGAGUGGGACGCCAUACUCGCUCGAUACCACUCCGCACCAACCUCUGACGAGAAGAACACCUGCUUAAGGUCACUUGGCCGGGCCAAGAGUCCCGAGCUGAUCCAGAAGACUCUGAAGCUGGCGCUGAGCGGAGAAGUCAAGACGCAAGACAUCUACAUGCCCAUUGGUGGGCUUGGAACCACGUCAGGAGGCGUCGAGAAACGAUGGGAGUGGAUGACCAGCAACUGGGAUGAGCUUGUGGAGAAACUACCACCCAGCAUGACCAUGCUCAGUAGCGUGGUCAGCAUUUGCGCAGCAGGAUUCACCAGCGAGAAGCAGCUGAGCAAGGUCGAGCAAUUCUUCGCGGACAAGGAUAAGAAGGGUUACGACAGAAGUCUGCAACAGAGCAUGGACAGCAUCAAGGCCAAGGCAAACUGGCUAGAACGUGAUGGAGAGGAUGUGCUUGGGUGGUUGAAAGAGAACGGCUACCUGGAGAAGGGAAAGCUGUAGAGAUGUAUCAAGUAGUAGCCUGGAGACGAUACCAGUAAGAAAACACCAUCGUCUACAAAGACCACUGUUAGAAGUAGUUAUGAUGGCAAAAGGGUGGUCUGAUUUGAAGAUGGAAUCCUCCAGUGGCUCGAUUCGGAUCACAGCUGCCGGUGAGAUUGACGUUGCGGGAUGACACUGCUCCGCCAAUCACCAUCCCUUCGUACCUGCAGUUUAUCUCCC